CUAAAACUUGAGAGACAGAGGGAGAGGCAGCAAAGUAUGGAGCUCAGCUCUCAGGCUCCCAUCCAGCGUCCUUCUCCUUAGACAGCAACAAAUAGACACCCCCGCGAACAGUAGAGAGAGAUACAGAAACUCAGAGUAAAGGAAGAGAGAGAUCUCUCCUGCGGUGGGUGGAGUCAGGUUUCCUUAGCCUUUGUGAAGGAAGCCAGCCAGCCAGCCCUGGCCGCAAGAAAUUAAAGAGAAAGCCACCAGAGAGAAGGAGAGAAGCACCAAUCCAAAAGAAAGAAGAAGAGCCAUGCCACUACUAGCUACUACCUUCCAAGGGAAAGCAAGCAAGAACGCCAGCAUAUGGGCAGCACUGAUGAAGUCCUAUUUCUCCUGUUUUCCAGUGGCUGACUUUUAAAGAUAGAGCUGAUAGCAGUGCAGAUCUGAGACUUCCUAGCUCUAUUAUUUUAGUAUAGUAGUGAAAAGGAAAAAAGAAGAAGGAAAGAAAGCAAAAUUUUGAAGAAGAAGAAGAAGAAGAGAGGCAAUAAAUAAGAUCAGGAAGAUGCAGUCAGGAUAUGGAAGCGUAUCGGAGAUCCAGCAAUUCAUGAUGGAGAAUUGCGGCAGCUCCAUCUUCUCCAUCUCGUCCGCCACCCCUCCGAACCCCUCGGUGGCGACCGGCGCGGCCGACAUCCAUGCCGCCACCUCCCAGCCUCUCAGGUACCGCCCUCUCCACCACGCCCACCCCAGCCCCCACCACCACCAGCAGCAGCAGCCCCAGACCCCGUCGCCGCUCCCGCCACACUUCUCCCAUUUCCACUCCAUCCCGAUCACUCAGCAGCUCUUCCAGCAGAGCCACCAGUUCCAGCUGUUCCACCCCCAGCCCCAGGAGCAAAGAAGGCUGAUCCCCCAGCACCAGCUAGGCUUGGAUCAGGAGUCGGGCCCCGAGAACUCGACUGGAGGCGGCGGCGGCGGAGGAGGAGGAGGAGGAGGGCCGAGUUUUCUUGCUGCCACGAUGAAUUUCAAGCUGGCGGUGAAUGAGAGCAGCGGCGGGGGCAGCCGUGAGGGGCUGAAUGACGAGGACAGCAUCCUCCAGGGCGACGAGGGAUCCGAGAGCCGGCUCCAUCACCACUGGCAGAGAGAGGAGGAAUCGGCCAUCAAGGAGCCCCCAUGGAGGCCCCUGGAUAUUGAUUACGUUAACAGGAGCAACAAGAGGUACAAGGAGAAGGAGCCCGAGACACCAACAAACAAGUACUGCAAGAAGAGCAAAGAGGGAGCCGAGCCGGACCCCGGCGGCCACAUAAACGGCGGCGGCGGCAGCAACUACAAGCUUUUCAGCGAGCUCGAGGCCAUCUACAAGCCCGGCGGCAGCACUAUGGGUGGUGGUGGUGCCAACCGAGCCGGCUCUGGCUCUGCGCUUACCGGCGACGAGACCGCCCUCAUGCCCGCCGCCAAUAACCCUCCAGGACUGCCAGCUGAUCACCUCGUUGGUGGCUCGGAGACGUCGGCCGGAGAGGAGGCGCCGGUGAAGAAAUUUUCCAAGGGAAGUGGGAGGAGGAAGAGGAAGCGGCGGCAGCAGAAGCAGCUGAGCUCGAUCGCCGCCUUCUUCGAGAACCUGGUGAAGCAGCUGAUGGACCACCAAGAGAGCCUCCACCGGAAAUUCUUGGAAGUGAUGGAGAGGAGGGACCAGGAGAGGACGGUCCGGGAGGAGUCCUGGCGGCGGCAGGAGGCCGCCAAGUCCAGCCGCGAGGCUGCCGCCCGGGCCCAGGAGCGGGCCCUCGCCUCCUCCCGGGAGGCCGCCAUCAUCUCCUUCCUCGAGAAGAUCACCGGCGAGACCCUCCGCCUCCCCGAGAAGCCCCAAUUCGAAGUCCAAUUCCCCAAAGAACCUGCUGAAACCACCGAAAACCUCCCGGCGGAGCCCUCGACUGCUGUGAACAAUGGCGAUAGCAGCGCCAACAAGGUCCAUUUCAACGCGAGCCGGUGGCCAAAGGCCGAGGUUCACGCGCUGAUCCGGGUGCGAAGCGGGCUCGAGUCGAGGUUCCAGGAGCCCGGACUGAAGGGUCCCCUCUGGGAGGAGGUAAGCGCGACGAUGGCCGCCAUGGGCUACCACCGGAGCGCGAAGCGGUGCAAGGAGAAGUGGGAGAACAUCAACAAAUACUUCAGGAAGACAAAGGAAAGUGGCAAGAAGCGGCCACAGCACUCCAAGACCUGCCCUUAUUUCCACCAAUUGGACCAGCUCUACUCCAAGUCCCUCAACAAGUCCCAACCCGCUUCCUCCUCCUCCCCCAAUGCCAAUGUAGCCAGUGCUACCACUUCCGGCACGGCCACCGAUCAAGGGAAGGACCACUGCGAGCUCCUCGACGCCAUCAUCGUGUCCACCGAUCAGCAAGGCUUCAAGUUCCCCGACAUGAGCUCGUUGCAGUUUGAUUUCAAUGGCAAAGGCAAGGACAGCAACGACCUCCAUCGCCAAGCCGGGAACAAUGGCGAAGAAGAUGAGGACGACGAUGACGAAGAGGGAGGAGGUAGAGAAAAGGCGGAGGAAAGAGAAGAAGGAGAAGGGGAGAGCCAAGUUCAACCCCACCAAGAGGAGCACCACCAACAUGACUCCAGCCUCUUCUUCCAAUGUCUCCAAUCCUAAAGCUAGUUAAUUUACCUCCAAGAGGUAAUCCUCUUCCAUGUUGAUUGAUCGACCGCUCCCGGCCCCUUUGCAAUGCUUUCAUAUUGUUUUAAUUCGAACUAGAAACUAGCUCAGGACAUAUCAUUAGUAGCUCUAGUAAAUGAAUAAGAUCAUGGUUGCAUAUUAAUCCCACUAGGGAGUAAA